AUGAUGCAAAAUGUGCAUCUGGCUCCUGAGGCUGAUGAAGACGAUCUUUAUUCUGGCUACAAUGAUUAUAAUCCCAUGUUUGACACAGAGGAUUUAGAAAAUGAUGCAGCUUUUCAGCAGGCAGCAAGAACAAGUCAUGGGAGAAGACCACCUGUGACAGCCAGAAUUCCUGGUACAUCAGCUUCAAGACCUUUAGCUACUGGAUUUGGGUCAAAGGCAACUUUAACUUCAUCUAUGGGCAGACCAAUGACAGGAGCUAUACAGGAUGGGGUUGCUCGACCAAUGACAGCAGUGCAUGCUGCAGGUUACACUAAGGCAACUAUGAGAGGUUCUUCAUUUGUUCCUCUUGGCCAAGCAAGAGGUCCUGCUCCACCCCUGGAAGUGAAAAAUUCAGACAGUUCAGAAGAGAAGAUUAGGCAGUUGGAAAAAAAAGUGAAUGAACUGGUUGAAGAAAGCUGCAUUGCCAACAGCUGUGGAGACUUGAAAUUGGCUCUGGAAAAAGCAAAAGAGGCUGGAAGAAAGGAAAGAGAAUUGGUGAGACAACGUGAACAAAUUGCUUCUCCAGAAAACAUCAACUUGGACCUGACUUACUCAGUUCUUCUCAAUCUGGCCAGUCAGUAUGCUGCUAACGAGAUGUAUGCAGAAGCACUGAAUACUUACCAAGUUAUAGUGAAGAAUAAGAUGUUCAGCAAUGGAGGUAUACUGAAGGUGAAUAUGGGAAAUAUAUACUUAAACCAACAGAACUAUUCCAAAGCUAUCAAAUUUUACCGUAUGGCUCUAGACCAGAUUCCUAGUGACCACAAAGAGAUGAGGAUUAAAAUAAUGCAAAAUAUUGGAGUUGCAUUUAUUAAAAGUGGCCAAUAUGUUGAUGCGAUUUCUACAUUUGAACAUAUAAUGAGCAUGUCCCCAAACCUGAAGGCAGGGUACAACUUGACCCUAUGUUAUUUUGCUGUUGGAAAUGGCGAGCAAAUGAAAAAAGCCUUCCAAAAACUGAUUGCAGUUCCCUUGGACGUGGAUGAUGAUGACAAAUACAUUUCACCAAAUGAUGAUCCACGUACAAAUCUACUGAUUGAAGCCAUUAAAAAUGACAGCUUAAGACAAAUAGAAUGUGAGAGGAAAUCCAUAGCAGAGGAAUACAUCAUGACAGCUGCAAAACUCAUUGCACCAGUAAUUGAGACAUCUUUUGCAGCGGGCUAUGACUGGUGUGUUGAAGUAGUAAAAGCUUCCCGCUAUGUAGAGUUAGCCAACGACCUGGAAAUGAACAAAGCCGCUACUUACUUGAGGCAGCGGGAUUUUAAACAGGCACUGGAGACUUUAAAAACGUUGGAAAAAACCGAUAGCAGAGUAAAGAGUGCAGCUGCAACAAACCUUUCGGCCCUUUAUUAUCUGGAGAAUGAAUUGGCACAAGCAACUAAGUAUGCAGAUUUAGCUGUAAAUUCUGAUAGGUACAAUCCAGCAGCUCUAACUAACAAAGGAAAUACUGUUUUUGCAAAUGGAGACUAUGAAAAAGCAGCUGAGUUUUUUAAGGAAGCUCUCAGGAACGAUUCCUCAUGCACUGAAGCACUUCAUAAUCUUGGUUUAACAUACAAGAAGUUAAACAGAACAAAUGAAGCUUUGGAUUGUUUUCUGAAACUCCAUGCAAUCCUUCAAAAUAGUGCUGAAGUCUUUUACCAGAUAGCAAACAUAUACGAGAUCAUGGAAGAUCCCCGUCAAGCCAUAGAGUGGCUCCUGAAGUUGAUCAGUGUAGUACCAACUGAUCCACAUGUACUUUCAAAGCUAGGGAAAUUAUAUGAUAAUGAAGGUGAUAAAUCCCAAGCUUUGCAUUAUUACUCUGAGUCAUACCGGUAUUUCCCUUCAAACAUUGAGGUCAUUGAAUGGCUUGGAGCCUAUUACAUUGACAGCCGGUUUUGGGAAAAAGCCAUUGAGUACUUUGAAAGAGCAGCACUUAUCCUACUGACCCAAGUGAAGUGGCAGCUGAUGGUUGCCAGUUGCUACAGGAGAAGUGGUAACUACCAGAAAGCUCUAGAGAAAUACAAAGUCAUUCACAGAAAAUUCCCGGAGAAUGUUGAAUGCCUCCGAUUUUUAGUUCGUCUCUGCACAGAUAUGGGGCUGAAAGAAGUCCAGGAAUAUAUGACAAAGCUUGAGAAAGUGGAAAAAUUAAAAGAAAUAAGAGAGCAGCGCAUUAAAUCUGGCAGAGAUGGCAGUGCACGUAGCCACAGAGAAGGAAAUGCGAAUGGUG